AUGUUGUACACGUGGCUCGCCCUCGCCCUCGCCCUGUCACCGCGCAGCUUGUCCGUCCGGAGACGAGCCUCGGCCGCGCACAGCCGCCGCUGCGGGCCGCCCGUCGGCGCCGCGGAUGUCGACAUCUAUGGCCGUGCGGUGCUGGCGCCGCUCGAGGCGUCCGCGUCGACGGCAGAGCCGGUGGUCAAGGUGUACUCGGUGCACUGCUCCGUCAACGUUGCCAUGCCGUGGAGCAACAAGCCGCAGGAGGAGAGCACCGGCUCCGGCUUCACGAUGCGGCAGCAGCACGACGGCCAACUCGUCAUCCUGACAAACGCCCACUGUGUGGCCGAUGCGACGUACGUGGAGGUGCGUAAGGCGGGCGACUCGCAGAAGCACGUGGCGCAGGUGGCGCGCAUCGCGCACGAGUGCGACCUCGCCACUCUCACCGUGUCGGACGACGCCUUUUGGGAGGGCGUCGAGCCGCUCGAGUUUGGUCCGAUGCCGUCGCUGCAGGACGAGGUUUCGGUGGUGGGGUACCCGGAGGGGGGCGAGGGCGUCUCGGUCACGCAGGGCGUCGUCUCGCGCAUCGAGAUCCAGCGGUACGCCCACUCGGGCGCCAACCUGCUCGCGGUGCAGAUCGACGCCGCCAUCAACCCUGGCAACAGCGGCGGGCCCGCCCUCAACGCCGAGGGUGACGUGAUCGGCGUCGCCUUCCAGAACCAGCUCGACUCGCAAAACAUCGGGUACGUCAUCCCCGCGCCCAUCAUCGCCCACUACCUCGUCGACGACGCCCCCUCCGACCCGCGCCGCCCCGCCGGCUUCCCCUCGCUCGGCAUCUUCUGGCAGGCCCCUCGACCAGCCGCACGCUCUUCUCGCCGCUUUGUGCUGCGAUGUGUGACGACGGAGCGGCUCUCCUUUGCGCACCUGAUACACCUCAAGUUUGCGCACCAGACCAUCGGCCUGCGCGUGCUGCGCGCGGGAGAGGCGCGCCACACGCACCUUGUCGCCCCGCGAGACGCGCCCGCGCUUGCUCGUCUCCCUCUGCCUCCGCCUCCGCCUCCCCCGCCACCCCCACCACCUCCUCCUCCUCCUCCUCCUCCUCCUCCUCCUCCUCCUCCACCACCACCAACCACCACCGCCUCGCAGGAGCUCGAGCUCGAGGAGCUCGAGCUCGAGGAGCUCGAGCUCGAGGAGCUCGAGCUCGAGGAGCUCGAGCUCGAGGUUCCCGUGCGGCCGCUGCAGCGGCUCAUCCCGCCGACCGCCUACGACGAGCCCCUCCCGUACUUCAUCUACGCCGGCCUCGUCUUCGUGCCGUUCGUCGAGCCGUACCUGCACGAGUGGGGGGACGACUGGCAGCAGGACGCGCCGCACGAGCUCGUGCAGCUCGUGCUGUCUGGCGCGCAGAGCGAGGCGGCCGAGCAGCCAGUGCUGCUUUCGCGCGUGCUCCCCAGCCCGCAGACGGCGGGGUACCUCACGCUCGCCGACCGUCGGGUGCUCUCCGUCAACGGCGAGCGCGUCCUCAACUUGAGGCAGAUGCACGCGCUCGUGCAGCGGCUGCAGGCCGAGUGCGACCACCUCGCCUUCGAGGUGCAGUGCGUGGGCGGACCCGCCGUCAUCGCCAUCGACACGUCGACCGCCGAGCAGGAAGCGAAGGCGAUCCUGGAGACGUACCGCAUCCCCGCCGCCGCAUCCCCGGACUUGGCAGCGAAGGAGAAGGAGGCGGCGCGGCACGCCGAGGAGCUGCUGGCGGAGGUCGAGGCGGAGAAGCGCGCCAAGGGCAAGAAGGGCAAGAAGAAGAAGAAGGGCGGAGGGACAGGCGGGGCUGGGCCGUCGCAGGAGACAGAGGAGGGUGCCGAGGCGCCGUCGGAGGCAGACGCAGCCGAGGCCGCAAAGAAGGCCGAGGAGGAGAGAAUUAUCAGGCUUCUCGAGCAGUGUCACGAGGAGCGGAUCCGGCUCGGCAUCACGGCGGAGAGCCAGGCGGCGGCGUCGGCAGAGGUGGCCGAGGCUGUGCGCUUGGACGCUGAGGCGGACGAGGCGGAGGAGGAGGCGGAGGCGGACGAGGAGGAAGAGGCGGCGGCCGAGGCGGCGCUGGCGGAUGCCGAGGUGGCGAGGGCGGAGGCCAGGGCGGCGCAUGCAGAGGCCAAGGCGGCGCUGGAGGAGGCCAAGGCGGCACUGGAGGGGAGCGAGGCGGCGCUCGAGGAGGCGGCGGCCGCUGCAGACGCGAGGCGUGCCGCUGCGACCGCUUCGAGGGCCAGGGCGGCUGCAGCCAGGACGGCGGCGGAGGCAGCGCAGCGCUCGUAG